AUGUACGCGGUGAAAAGUGAGUACGGGUUCGCGUACGGGUCUAUUUUUAUCCUCCUUCUUGUUUGUUCCGAAACCGUUGGCGAGGAUCAAAGAAGGAUUCGUCGUGAAACGGACGGAUCUGUUUACUGCGACUUUGACGAAGCGCGAAACAAUCACAGUGCGUCCGAUUUAUUGCGGUGUAUCGACGAAUUGGCGGUCGAUCUCGUGGUUGGUGGAGAAAGCGCGAGUGCGACGAAUGGUGAACGGAAUGGAUCCACGGGCAGACAGAUCUCCUUCGUCGACGUUCUCUCGAAUAUUUUCAACACACCUGCUACGUCGCAUCAGAGCGGCUCUCUUCCGGCUUACUCGACUUCCGGCAAUCAGCAAUUGAAUUAUCCGAGCGGAACGACCGUUCUUUCCGCGGGAUUUCAGCUGAAUUUCCUCGCUCAAGCUCUGUCCACGAUAUCCCGCCACGACGACUACAAGUGCGUGGCAAGGAUACUGUGCGAGAUGGCGAGUGGAAAACUUCCUGGACGAUCGUUAGGCGAGCAGGGAUCCUUCCAGUUCCUCGGACGAAACGUGUUCACCGACUGGCUGGCCAAAAUCGACGUCGGUGGCACGUCUCCAUUGUUGAACUUUGGAACAGCUAUGAUCCUUGGAUACAGCAAUCGAGGAAGUUCCGAGCCGUGCUACCAAGCGUUCCCAAAGUGUCCGAGGGACAUGCACGGGUUGGUUCAUUACUUGAAUAAUUACAACGGAGGAUUCUUCAGGCUCUUCAACAGGAUUCGAGGCGGAAAAUAUAGGAAUGGAAUCGUCGUUGGUAAGAAGAGAGUCGACGAUUAUUCGAAGAUCGACGCGAAGGAGAGGAUAGUAGGCGGGGACUCGAGGAAGUACAUUCCGAUCGAAAGUGCGGGACCGCAAGAGGCGCCGAUCCGGAAUACGGUUCAGUUCCCGGCUAUGAGCUAUCAAGAAUACUUGAGAAAGAAGGGAUUUCCACGAUACGAUAAAGUAAACAGCGGGGCGAUGCUCGAAAGAGAUCCGUGGAAUAGCGUGGAAAACGACGCGGCGAAAUCCGAAUGGAACAUUUGGCGGAAAGAUAAGAUCGCAUUCUUUGCCGAGGGAAAUCGCGACAGAGGAUUAUCCCGGGUCCGAUUCCCCUCCGAUUUUCCACUUACGCGUCGCCGUAAUUCCGCUUGUUGAACGUUCAAAGCCCAAGCCCAAGACCAAUAAAUACCUCGUUAAACGU